AUGGAAAUAGCGUAUUCGUACACAAAGAGACGCUGUGAUUUCGGUCGCCAGCCGCUCUUCUGCGAACAAGGACCCGAGCUCUGCGACAGCAUCGCUGUAAAUGUCGCAGAACAUAAACAAUAUAUCUUGCGAAACCCUGUACACCAGCCUACGCAGAACACACCGUCCUUUUCAGAGAAUCAUAUCAAUACUAUUCGGGCUGAAUAUACAACAACUGGCGCUAAUCAUGCCGAAGGUGGUUGGCCAAAGGAUGUCAAUGUCGUGGACCCUGAAGCCACUCAACGUUAUCGAAGAAAAAUUGAAAAAGAUGACAACUAUAUCCAUUGCGUUAUGUCACUGUCCUCGGGCAUGGAACAUUACGUUCUUCAAAAUAAUGCUAUCGACAUGUAUGGUACGUAUUACGCAGAAAUGUCGACACAACCGCCUAUUGAGAAGAAUAGCUGUCGUACUGUUAAUGUUUAUCGCGAUACGGCUGCUGGAGUUGGACGACCUAUCAGUUCCAUCUGUUGGCACCCAGAGGGCCAUAGUUUUGCCGUUACCUAUGUAGAUGUUGAUUUCAAUCAUAGCCCACGAGCUCCUAUUGAGUCUUAUAUUUGGGACUUGGAAAAUGCAAACUACCCUGACAUUAUAAUUACUCCUCCAGCAGCACUCUUAGACUUACAGUUCAACCCCCGCGAUCACAACGUACUAAUUGGUGGACUAAUGAACGGACAAGUGGGCGUGUGGGACAAGCGGCGUGGUGGAGUACCUACCGUCGCAUGCGCCCCGCAUGUGGCGCAUAGAGAACUUGUAAAGAAUGUUUUAUAUAUAAACUCAAAAUCAGGUCAAGAGUUUUUUUCUGGGGGAUCAGAUGGGGCUUGCAAAUGGUGGGAUAUCCGUAACAUGAGUGCCCCCACCGACGAAAUGAUCAUGGAUGUUGUAAAAUCAUCCUUCGACGUACAAAAUAUGGCAUCAGCUAAUGCUAUUAGUGUUCUCGAGUAUGAACCAACUAUACCAACACGUUUUAUGGUUGGCACUGAGAACGGUCUAAUCAUCGGUGGAAAUCGUAAAGGCAAAACCCCUAUAGAGAAAUUACCAGCCAAGUACGAAGCACAUCUUGGCCCGGUGUGGUCACUGGAGCGAAACCCUGGGUUCUUAAAGAACUUUCUAACUGUAGGCGACUGGACGAUGCGAGUUUGGAGCGAAGACUGUCGUGAGUCUGCAGUACUGUGGUCUCUGCCAAAUCGCCAUAAAAUUACUGCUGCUACAUGGAGUCCUACUCGGUUAUCAUUGAUGCUUGUUUUGCAAUGGAAUGGAGUUUUGGCUAUGUGGGAUCUGCUGCGGCGCCAGCACGAGCCCGUGCUCACCAUGCAAGUUUGCGAAGAGCCGCUCCUACGCGUCCGCAUGCAUGAAGCCGGGAUGUUGGCAGCAUGCGGCAGUCGCAAGGGAAACGUUUACAUGAUCGAGCUGUCCCAAAAUAUGGCACAAUCUGACAAAAACGAUAAAAGCUUAUUGACUGCUAUCUUUGAACGUGAGAGCAAACGUGAACGCAUCUUGGAGGCGCGCAUGCGGGAAUUCCGUCUAAAACUGCGACAGGCGGAGGAAGGAAGCCCGACCGUGGGCGCUUCCGAGCUCGAGCUGGCGGUGGGAGACCGGGACCUGGCCGAGGCCGGCGCCGAGUACGCUCAGCUCGUCAAGAAAGAGCUCGCUUUGUUCUAGUUUCCCGCUU